AAUAUUUUUUCAGAGGUUAAAAAUUAAAUUUCAAAACACUAUCUUGGGUGGGAAGAAAGUUCUCAGCAGAGACACAGACCCUAAACACCUCCAACAUGAAGCUUAUUCAUAUUUUUCUGUUACUUCUGUGUUUCUACUUAAGUUUUUGCCAGGUUAAACAGGAAAAUCCCAGAAAAGACACGAUGACAAAGAAAACUAAGCUCACUGUAACCUCAGACACACCUCAAGAGGACCUGGUGGAGAAAACGUGCUUAGCGAAAAAAUACACACACCUUUCCUGCAAUAAAGUCUUCUGCCACCCGUGGCAAAAAUGCAUAGAGGGGACAUGUGUUUGUAAACUCCCGUAUCAGUGCCCAAAGAAUGGCCCCGUGGUAUGUGCAACCAAUGGGAGAAGCUACCCAACAUACUGUCACCUGAAGAGUGUGGAAUGUCUUUAUGCAGGAACAAAGUUUUUAAAUAAUGGAACAUGCCCAGCUGAAGGAAAAUUCAGUGUUUCCUUACAUGGAAUUAAAAACUCAGAGGGAGUCGUUGAAGUAAAACUUGUAGACCAAGAUACAAAAAUGUUCAUAUGUCACAGUAGCUGGAGCAUGACGGAAGCCAACGUGGCCUGCCUUGACCUUGGAUUUCAACAAGGUGCUCUUCAUACUCAAAGAAGGUUUAGUGUUUCUGAAGAACCUUAUAUAAAUUCCACUGAAUGUCUGCAUGUGCAUUGUCGGGGAUUCGAGACCAGUUUGGCUGAAUGUACUUUUACUAAGAGAAGAACUCAGGGUUCCCAAGAUUUAGCUGGUGUGGUGUGUUACACACAGGACACAGAUUUACCAAUGGAUAAAUCCUUUCAGUGUGUGAAUGGGAAAUACAUUUCUCAGAGGAAGGCUUGUGAUGGUGUCAAUGAUUGUGGAGACCAAAGUGAUGAGCUGUGCUGUAAAGGGUGCCGCGGUGACAGUUUCUUUUGUAAAUCGGGUGUUUGUAUUCCAAGCCGGUAUAAAUGUGAUGGUGAAGUGGACUGCCUUACAGGAGAAGAUGAAGUUGAUUGUGAAGGACCCAGACAUUCUGCAACUCAAGGCUUUGCACUUGUGGCUCAAGAAGAAACAGAAAUUUUGACUGCUGAUAUGAAUGAAGAAAGAAAACGGAUAAAGUCAUUAUUCCCUAAACUAUCCUGUGGAGUUAAAAACAGCCUGCAUGCUCGAAGGAAACGAGUCGUGGGAGGAAAGCCUGCAGUAGUGGGAGACUUCCCAUGGCAGGUGGGAAUUAAGGAUAGCGAGGGAAUUUCCUGUGGAGGAAUUUAUAUCGGUGGCUGUUGGAUUCUGACUGCUGCACAUUGUGUCAGAGCCACUAGAAGUCACCGUUACCAAAUCUGGACAUCAUUAAUAGACUGGAUAAAACCGAAUGCUGAGACAAAAGUUGAAUGGGUGGAUAGGAUUAUUAUCCACGAAAAAUACAAUGGAAGCACCUACAAGAAUGACAUAGCUUUGAUACAAAUGAAAGGCCACCCCAAACCAGGAAUUUGUAAGCUGACUAAAUCCAUCCCUGCUUGCAUCCCCUGGUCUCCGUAUCUAUUUCAACCUAACAGUAGAUGCAUCGUUUCUGGCUGGGGUCGAGAAAAAGAUAACCAAAAAGUCUUUACACUUCGGUGGGGUGAAGUUUACCUAAUUGGCAACUGCUCUAAGUUUUAUCAACAUCGCUUCUAUGAAAAAGAAAUGGAAUGUGCAGGUACAGUUGAUGGUUCCAUCGAUGCCUGUAAAGGGGACUCUGGAGGCCCCUUGGUCUGUAUGGAUCCCAACAACGUGACUUACGUUUGGGGUGUUGUGAGUUGGGGUGAAAACUGUGGACAACCAGAGUUCCCUGGUGUUUACACCAAAGUAGCCAAUUAUUUUGACUGGAUUAGCUACCAUGUGGGAAGGUCUCUUAUUUCUCAGCAUAAUCUAUAAAAUUGUGAUCCUCCUCUUUCUACUCUUUUUCUUUCAGAAGUUCCAUUUUAAUUGAUAUGAAACUGUAUAUUUAAUUUUUCUCUAGGGACAAAAUUGAAUCAAAUCUCAUUGGUAUUUUUAAAGGUCUCUACAAAGUUUACACCAUACUGGAAUUUUCCUGUGUAAUUAUGAAAUAAAUAUUUUGGUUAAGUAUA